GUUCCUCAACCAGACCUGCUGCCUCUUGACCUCCUGGCAAGAGUGUUGCCCCAACAAGGACAAGCCACACCCACUCAGGUGCAGGUGGUACAGUCCCGGGGGUCCAGAGGUCUUCGCUUAGCUGGUGCUAUGACGACGUCGCUGAGUUUUCCUGCCUCUCAAAUCUUCACCAACUGUGACUUAUUCCCUGCUGAGUUCUCCUUGGUCACUACUUUCAAGAUGCCCAGACUAAAAGAGAAGAGGAACGAGUACAUCUUCUCUAUGGUGGGGGAGAAGGCAGACCCACUGUUGCUAGGGUUACGUGUUUCACAGAACUGCGUCCAUUUAUUGGUCAAUUAUCCUAGCACCGGGAGACGCAGUCUGAUAAGCUUCCACGAGGUGCGUUUGGACAACAACCGCUGGCACACAAUAGUGCUGGCCGUCACUGGACCGCACGCGGCUCUGACUGUCGAUUGUGGACUGCCUCUGGAGCUUACACAGGCGCAUCCUUUCCCUGCCGCCUUAAGCACCAGAGGGUCCAGGGUCUUUAUUGGCAACCGAAGGAGGAGAACUGGACGCUUCUCUGGUUUGCUACGUCAGCUGGUUCUACUGCCGGGUUCAGAUGCCACUUCCAGGCUGUGUCCAAGCUCAGACCCCCACCUGGCCGAGCUUGUUGUCCCCCAAGUCCUUAUGUCGACACCCCUCAAGUCGGACUGGCCUGGUCCAGUUUACCCGUACGAGGCGGGGGCGACAGUGACGGCAGGGAGUCGUCCGCCAUGUUCCCGAGCAGAAGAAGGUCAGCUGUGGUUUAAUGUCCCGAGGAAAAGUGUCUUCAUGUGUGAUGGCGUUACCUGGAAAAGCUUUUUCGGUGGUCCUGAGCGUUUGGACUACGUGGAGGAUUUCCAAGACUUGUUCACAUUCUCCGAAACCUUCGACGUGGAAGUCUUCUCUAUACCAUCUGCAGGCCUCUUCUUGGCUGCUGCCAACAGGGACUCUGGGCCCGGCUCGGGUAUCUACAGGUGGACCAACGGGUCUUUUGGGCUUUACCAGAACAUCAGCACUCAGGAGGCUCGAGCUUGGAAACAUUUCAGCAUCAACGGCCAGGCGUCAAUAGAACAGAUGAGGCAGGACCCUCCCGUGUGUCAACCAGAGACGCGGCACAGUGUUCUUUCUUUCCUCGUGGUGGCCAACUCAAGGGAGGUGGAGCCGGAGCUGUCCGUGAUCUAUCGGUGGAAUGGGCGGCGGCGGCGUUUUGUGCGCCAUCAGACAUUGGAGACUCACGCCGCUGUGGACUGGGAGGCUUUUCACAUGCACAACCACAGCUUUCUGGUGGUAGCCAAUCACAGACGAGCCAGAGACUCCAAUCACAACAUCAACAGUGUCAUCUACAGGUGGAACCCAAAGUCCAAGCUCUUUGAGGUCAACCAGACCCUGUCCACGUCAGGAGCGUACGACUGGGAGUUCUUUACCAUCGGACCGUACCACUUCCUCGUGGUCGCCAACACUUUCAAUGGUCAGACCACCGCCAUCCUCUCCACCAUUUACGUCUGGCUGGACGGAUGUUUCCAGUCCUUCCAGAACAUCCCGACGCUGGGUGCCACAGACUGGGAGACAUUUGAGAUAGACGGCAGGUUCUUCCUAGCUGUUGCCAAUAGUCAGAAGGUGUCCGAGCGCAGCCCGAGUCUCUACAGCAUCAACUCCACCGUGUAUGAGCUCAGCACCAUCACCUGGAACUUCAUUCGCUUCCAAGACAUCCUCACCCACAGCGCACUGGACUGGGAGUUCUUCACUGUGGGACAGGAGAAGUUCUUGGUAGUGGCCAACUCUCAUGAUGGCAGGUCAUACACUGUGAACAGCGUAGUCUACAGGUGGCAGGGCUAUGAGGGAUUUGUUCCUGUCCACACCCUGCCCACGUUCGGCUGCAGGGAUUGGGAACACUUCAUUACAGACAGAGGCUCAUUCUUGGUCUACUCCAGUGCCACCUCCAGGCUCAGCAAGGUGUUCAAACUCAGGACUUACUGACUGCCUCGUGCUCUUGAGAACUUGUCCCAGACCAUCCAUCCGUCUUCGAUAGCUUAUCCUGUUCAGGGUUGCAGGUGACCUUUCCUAGCGCACUGUUAUCUAAAGGCGGACUACGCCCUGGACUGGAUGCCAGUCAAUCAGGGAACACGUAGAGACAGACAACCAUUCACACCUUCAGUCACAGAGUCUGAGAAGGAACUGAUCCUACUACUCUAUCAGUGACAAUUUCCAGCUCUCACUCAAAACCAAUAUCAGCGCUAAGCUAUCCCCCGUUAUCUCACGUUUGAACAUGCUUAAAACAUCGUAGCUAAUGCCUGGAUUAUUCCUCCUCGUAGUCACUGUGCUAUCCUCUCUGGCGCCGUCUUCAUCUUUUUACAUAUUUUUAUCAGGGUUCAGAGCGUGUCGUGCAAUUCUUCGCCGAAACCCUCUGUUUUCUGGAGAGUUUGGUGAGCAACCAUGACACUCGUCGCCUGUUUAGCUUGUUAGCUACCUUCGUUGUAAGCAAUUAGUAGUUAUUAAAUAUAAAUGGAGAAUGUUACUAGAGUGAUAAUAACUAAUUGAUAUGUUACAACUGUCACUUUCGUUGCAAAUGUUGACCCAAAAUCGAAGGACAAGGCGUUUGCAAAGUUGAGCCGCUUGCCCUGUGAACGAGUCACACAGGAAUUAUUGUUCUAAAAGCCGACCGAUCACAGCGACACGCUUAUAUAUUUUUUUGAGGUGCUUGUCAAUCUACUCAGGAGGGUUUAGUUGGAGUACCGGCAUAGUGUAUUAGCACAAACCAGUUUAAGCUUAAAUUUGUGUUAUCGGUAAAUAGUAAAAUUUUUCAGACCACAAACUGCCUUUUAGCUAUGCUAACAGCUCACUAGUAGCAGCAAUAACUAUUUAUAUUGAUAUGUAUAUUUUAGCUAGAAGGUAAGAUGUUAAUUUGUGUCUUUAUUAUGAAAGCUUUUUUUUGACACUGAAUUUUGUGAAAUUAAUUUUAUACAUUAAAUUUCAUUGAAAAAAAUUAAUUACUAGAAUGUGUGUGUUUAAAAAUUCAGUGAAUAAAACUUCACGGUUUUUAAAAUUUAGUGUAAAAAAAAAAAAAAAUCAGGGUAAAACGGUUCAGUGAUUAAAAAUGUGCUCCUUUAAAACGCAAGAUCCACUUCCAGUAAAUUAAAACUGAAGCAAUCGGUCCUGUCUCAAAACCCGCCAAUGUCACGUGACAUCGGUUUUAAGAAGAGGCAGGUUUUGCAGUGCUACACGCCGUGAAGGUUGCUGUGCAUUAGUGAAAAGAAUCCCAAGACUCCGCAAAAAAAGAUAAAAGCUGAUCGCACGAUGGUACAAACACACACAAUAAUGACUGAUACUAAAACUUUAUAACAGACCAUCUCAAAAACGGAUUGAACUUCAUUUUUUUACUAAGCUACUCAGAAUGUACACAAAAAUACAGCAUGUGAGAUUUACAAUAUUAUCUAUGAACAAUAAAACACUAAAUAUUGAGAAUAUAUAAACGUUGCCCCUCUACUGCAGACCACCUCCUUGAGCAACAUCUUUUACAAUCGAGCAAGAAAAACAAACACGCCGAAACAUAAACCCAAAAGGUCAAAUAAUACAUCCACAUACUCGAUAUAUCACUUUUCUGCAGAACUUUAUUGUAGACAUCUGUCCCCGUUUGACACUCGCGUCUCAGGCUUGUGUCUGUGUAAACCAGCCCCGCCUACUCUGUCCCAUGCUUCGUUUGCAUGGAAAAUAGCUUCCUAUGGUUACCGUAGUAACCUGUAUGUCACUCAAAAGUGCAGAUUCUAACCACUGGAAUAAUUUCUAUAGUUUGGAAACAUCCAGCGGGCCAUGUUGAAAUGUUUAUGAUGUUGUAUUAUUUCCAAGUAGCCCAGGUAACUGCUUUUUUAAUGCUGUUUUGUAAGUCCUGUGUAGCGUGACCUCAAACCUGACACCUCAUUGGCUGCUUCUGAGACAAGAUCAGCUUCAGUCUUAAUUUGCCGGAAGUGGGUCUUGCGUUUUGAAGCAGCAAAUUUUUUUAGCACUGAAUUUUUUUACAUUGCAUUUUUUAACAGACACAUUUUGCAAACAAAAAAAAGUUUCCAUGAAAUUAUUAGUAUAAUUUGAUGUAAAAAAAAAAAAAAAAACUAUUGCAAAAAAUGUCAGUGUCAAAACAAGCUUUCUCAAUAAAGACACAUGUUAACCUCCAAUGUAGGGCAGCGAUGCUGAUUAUGGAGCUAGGAUGCUAAUGCUGCAUCCAGAAAACUACCUCCCACCAAGUGUCUGACAAACUUAAUUUAUUUUCAUAAUGUGUAAAAUCAGUUACUAAUGUACAAAACAUACAUUAAAUAAAUGUUUAUUAUUUAUAUUAUACUGUAUACUCAACACGUCAUGGAGUCAUAACCUGUCAAAUCUGUUACUAAUGUACAAAACAAACAUUAAAUAAAUGUUUAUUAUUUAUAUUAUACUUUAUACUCAACACAUCAUGGAGUGUUAUUCUCUUUUUCUGUAUUCGUUAAGCCU